GCAGACUUAAUUGGGGUAGGUCCCUGGGAGGGCAAGAAAUUGCAGGAGAGCUUGGUUAUGGAAUGUGGACCCGAGUCCCUUGUGUCCGUGGCACUCCUCCUUCUGCGGCCUCACCUUCGUCCGGCUUGAAGUGCAAGUUUCAGGUCCUCGUCGCUGCCCUGGCUGAGCCUGCAGCGGGAGCGGCGGGCGUCGGCUGGGCUUAAACUACCGGGCUGUCUCUCUGCUCCCUCCCCUUCUCUCCACCGGGUUCCCGCCCCUCGGGCCUGAGUGUCGCCGGGUCGCCCCGGCACAUCCGCCUGUUCUCAGGGCUGGAUGUACCUGCCCUCCAGUCUCCUCGAACUUGAGGGCAGCUGCUGAGCCCCGGGGUCCGCGGAGCCCUCAGCUUCCCGAGCCUCCAGCAUGCGCCCGUGGGCCCCCGUGGGCGUUCUGGCCUCGCUGGCUUACUGCUUCCACCAGCGGCGGGUGGCCCUAGCCGAGCCGCGGGCGCCUGAUGGCCAGCGUCCCGUGGACCGCAGUCUACUGGAGCUGAAAAUGGUGCAGGUCGUGUUUCGACACGGGGCGCGGAGUCCGCUCAAGCCGCUCCCGCUGGAGGAGCAGGUGGAAUGGAACCCCAAGCUCUUAGAGAUCCCGCCUCAAACUCGGUUUGACUACACUGUCACCGAUCUAGCCGGUGGCCCGAAACCUCACUCUCAUUACGACUCUGAAUACCACAAGACCACCCUGAAGGGCGGUGUGUUUGCCGGGCAGCUGACCAAGGUGGGCAUGCAGCAGAUGUUUGCCCUGGGAGAGAGACUGAGGAAGAAUUAUGUGGAAGAUAUCCCUUUCCUUUCGCCAAUCUUCAACCCACGAGAGGUCUUUGUCCGGUCUACCAACAUGUUUCGGAACCUGGAAUCCACUCGGUGCUUGCUGGCUGGCCUCUUCCAACAUCAGAAAGGAUCCGUCAUCAUCCAAACCGAUGAGGCAAGCUCUGAGGUCCUGUACCCCAACUAUCAGAGUUGCUGGGGCCUGAGAGAGAAGACCAGAGGCCGGAAGAAGGCUGCCAUUUUGCAGCCAGGCAUCUCAGAGGAUUUGGAAAAGGUGAAGGCAGGUGCGGGCAUCCAUGGUGGUGAUGAAGUGGACUUCUUCAUUCUCCUGGACAAUGUGGCCGCUGAGCAGGUGCACAGCCUCAUAAGCUGCCCGGCGCUGAAGAGAUUUGCCCAACUGAUUGAGCAGAGAGCUGUGGACACAGCCUUGUACAUGCUGCAACAGGAAGACAGGGAAGGUAUCCAGAUGGCAGUGGGCCCAUUCCUACACAUCCUGGAGGGAAACCUGCUCAAAGCUGUGGACCCUACCACCCCAGCAAGCAAGACCAGAAAGCUGUACCUCUAUGCAACACAUGAUGUGACCCUCAUGCCUGUCCUAAUGGCCUUGGGGAUUUUUGACCACAAAUGGCCUCCAUUUGCUGUUGACCUGACCAUGGAACUCUACCAGCAUCAAGAAUCUAAGGAGUGGUUUGUGCAGCUCUAUUACCAGGGGAAGGAGCAGGUGCCACGAGGCUGCCCUGACAAGCUCUGUCCACUGGACAAGUUCUUGAACACCAUGUCUGUUUACUCUGUGAGCCCAGAGAAACACCGCAUGCUCUGUUCCCAAGCCCGGGCAAUGGAACAUGGAGACGGACUCCUUUAUACAGACAAGUAGAUCUUUAAAUAAAGUGCCUUUAUAUAUAAGAGUA